AUGCUAUGUUCACAGAUGGGAUCUCUGCUGGACGAUGUUGAUGGACUGCCAAACUUGGCUGGAAAAAGGUUUCCCAUGGACGAACUUCUUAGGGUGGAAAAGCCUGGGCCAGAGAACAAAGAUGGAAGUGAUACAGAGGAUGAUGAUGAAGAUGAGGAUGACGUUGAUAAUCAGGAUGGUGAUGAUGAUGGCGCCGGUGAUGAGGACUUAUCUGGUGAAGAAGGGGGAGAUGAAGACCAUGAUGAUGAUGAAGUGGAUCCCGAGGCUAAUGGCAAUGAAGGUAGUGACGAUGACGACGAGGAUGAUGACGACGAUGAUGGAGAUGAUGACGAGGAUGGUGAGGAUGAUGAUGAAGAAGACGAGGAGGACGAGGACGAGGAUCAACCACCUGCAAAGAAGAAGAAAUGA